AUGGACGAAAAGGAUAUCGAGGAAUGGGUCAACUACCUCGAGAAGCCCAUCGGCGAUUUCAUGUAUUACGAACUUGACAUCGACCGCAAGGACCAGUGGAAGGUGUGGGCAGCCAUCUACUGGCCUCUUUCGGCUUACAUCCUGUACCGCAUGUUCAAAUUGUUCCUCCGAGCCUCCGAGGACCCCGAGGCCUUCUUUUUGGACAUGAUGAGGUCGAUGGCCGAUGGCCUUUGGCGGUUUGCAAGCUUUGUUGGGGCCCUUGUCGAGGGUUUUUACGCACACACCAUUGGGGUGGCCUAUGGCCGCUGGUGCCAGCGUCCCUUCAAAGGCAUUUGCAACAGCCUGCAAGAGGCAAUGGCGGCGCUGCCAGCCCCCGAGCCAGGUUUUGUCCCCGGGGGGUUCCAGCAAGACGUCAACGAGCACGAGUUUCGUGUUCUGGCCGGUCUCCGGGCCAUUGACGCACAGGCCAGGAAGGACACGGAGAAUACAAACGCCCGGCUCGUCACAGAGCUGGGCAAAUGUAGGGCAUCGGUUGCCUUCCUCGAGAGCAAACUCGAGGAGGCCGAGAAGCGGGUCGAGGAGGCCAAUAAGCGGGCGGUGGAGGCAGAAAAGAACCAGGUGAUCAACAUGAUCGUGCCUGGCAGACAGAAGGCCCGGCCAGGGCGCCCUCCUUUCGAGAAGUGGCCAUUUGGUCCUUCUCCCCCAGUGGCAGACGAGGUAGUCACCCCGUCUGUCCUUGGACGCCUCCGAAACCUUGAGCGCGAGCUCGAGGUCAAGGAGGCAGAGAUCGUAGAUCUCUUGGAGGGCCUGGCCAAGGCCAAAAAGACUGCCCCUGUGGUGGUCGCUGUCCCUGCGCCGGUGGUUGUCGAUACCACCGAAGUCGGCGUGCAGACGGACGACCUUCCUCUUCCUGAAAAGGAAGUUGAAGUGGCGUCCCCUGUCUACGCCGACAAGGUGGUUCAGACCGACCUUCCUCUGAUUGAGGAAGUGUCAUCUGUCGUCGAAAAGACGACACAAACAGAACACGUCGACACCACCGAUGCUGGUAUCCAGGCAGACCUGGUCCCUGUCUCUCCUCCUGCUUGCCCCUCUCCUGCUUCUCCUGCCGCUGCCCCUGUCCUUCCCGCUGCCGUCCCCGCCGCCACUGUCCCCGCCACCAACUACGAGGAGUUGGUGGAGGAACUGCAGGCAGCCAAGGCUGCCAUGGAGUCCCGCGAGGCGGAGGCCCGGUCGUUGAGGGCCGGGCUGGAUGAACUCCAUGCACAAAUCCAGCUGAAGACUGGUGAGCUGGCCACUGCUCAGAAUGCCAUUGGUGCCGUCAGCCAGGAGCUGACCGAGAGCCAGGCUCGCUUCGGCAGCCUUGAACACGCCUACCACCAGACGGUGGGCACUCUCGGGGCCUGUGACCAGGCACGACAAGCGGCCGUCGCUCGGGUGAGCGAGCUCCAGACGGCCAACGACCAGGGCAAUGCAGAGUUGGCCCGACAAGGGGAGGUGGUGGCCCGGCUCCAACAGAGCCUUGAAGCCGCCUCACAAGGCCACCUGCAGUUGGAAGGGCGCUUCCAGGCCGGCCGCCAGCAGUUCGAAGCUGGCAAUCUUCGGUUCGAGGAACUGAAGAAGCAGUAUGACGAGGAAGUCGCCGAAAAGGCGGCCCGAUCCCAAGAACGGGAAAAACUCGUCGCUGCUGGCCGGAAGCUGGAGGCCGACAACCGGGCCCUGGCGUUGAAGGUGGAGGCCCUGGAAUGGUCCGGCAGGAAGCUCGCAAAGGAGAUGCGCGAUGCGCAGGCGGCGUCCGUUUCCAAGGACGAGGAGAUCCGCCGACUCCGAGAGCAAGGCCCGGGCCAGACUGGGGCCAUGGAGGUGGAUGUGGAGGAGGAGGAACCCGUAGAGGGGGGAAAGUCGUCGAGCAGGGCGCUGGUGCCAGCGGCCGCUCUCCCGCUCCCGCAGACUCCGGCCGGCAGCAGAUUCUUGGGCUCGUUGACGCCGGCGUCGACAGUCUCAAGUGCCGGACGAGCGGGAGCAGCAGCCAGCACACCGAGGCUGGGAGAGUCGCCGCUGUUGUCACGACCCCGACCGUCACCUUCCAGCAGGGGCGUGAUUGAGACAUACCAGCACCUGAUCGACGACUUGACGCGCAAGAACAAGGCGCUGGCGGAGGAGAAGGCGGCGGCAGCGGAGGAGGCGGAGGCGCUGCGUGAGGCCAAGGACGGCCUCGAUGUGGAACUGGCUCUGCUGAAGGAGCUGCACGCAGAGGACGAGCUGGAGGCCCAGGCAGAAAUGCGGGCUCAGCUCGACCAGCACCGUGUCGCCAUUGGUGACAUGGAGUGGCAGCUCCGGACGAAGGAGAUCGACCUGACCGUCGCAUCAAACAAGAUGGAGGUCGCCAGGAUCCAGUUCGAGGCCGAGAAGCGUGCCGUCGACGAGUUGAGGAGCCAGGUCGGCGGGUCAGACCCUCAGCGUCAGGAUGGCGCUCGCAAGGGGAAGCGAGUGGCCAGCGAAAGCAACCUGGCGUUGAAAGAGGCCAAGAAGCCCAUGACCGAGGAGAGCGGUCCGGCUGCCCAGCGCGUUGCGCAAUGGGCCCUCGCUCCCGCUCCGACAGCGGCAGCUUCGCAGGCAGAGGCGCAGUCGCAGGCGCAGGUGGAGGAGGAGGAGGAGGAGGUCUCGGAGGAGGAGUAG